CAGAUGGCAGCAUUCAACAUCCAGGAGGCUUUAAUUUGGAAGGAAAAGAUUGAGCUAGUCAUUGAUCAACAACAAGAUCUAAUGACAGCAAACACCAAUAAAAUCUAUACUUCAUUUCAAUAUAAGUCCAGCGUGGAUAAUGGAAGGAAUGCCUCCUCCUCUGAUCGUGAAAGUCAGUGUAGCCCUGAAGAAGAAGAGGAGAACCAGUCGGCAUUAUUACGAAGAACAACAAUUGGAAAUGGUCUACCUGAAUCAGUACUUGACUGGACUCGAGAGCUUGAUUCAAGGUUGUCAAAUCAGAAUAACUCUGAUCAAAUUUUCUCCAGAAAACAUUGGCGUCUUGUCCGAUGCCAGAAUGGGCUUCGCGUUUUUGAAGAGCUUCUAGAAGUAGACUACCUUCCAAGGAGCUGUAGCAGAGCAAUGAGGGCAGUUGGUGUGGUGGAGGCCACAUGCGAAGCAAUCUUUGAGCAUGUAAUGAGCAUGGAUGGAACACGUUUUGAGUGGGAUUGCAGCUUUCAAUAUGGUAGCUUAGUUGAGGAGGUGGAUGGACACACUGCAAUACUGUAUCAUAGACUACAGCUGGGCUGGUUCCCAAUGCUUGUGUGGCCCCGUGAUCUUUGUUAUGUGCGUUAUUGGCGGCGUAAUGAUGACGGAAGUUAUGUUGUCUUAUUUCGGUCCAGAGAGCAUCCAAACUGUGGUCCACAGCCAGGAUUCGUGAGAGCCCACAUUGAGAGUGGUGGAUUCAUCAUUUCUCCCCUAAAGUCUCGAAAUGGGAGGCCUAGAACGCAGGUACAGCACCUUAUGCAGAUUGAUCUGAAGGGAUGGGCUGUUGGUUAUUUCCCAUCAUUUCAGCAACAUUGUUUGCUUCAGAUGUUGAACAGCGUUGCUGGGUUGCGUGAAUGGUUUUCUCAAACAGAUGAAAGCCACAUGGUUCCACGGAUGCCAGUAAUGGUCAAUAUGACUUCGAAUUCUGCUUCUUCUAGAAAGGAACGGAAAACACAGGAGAAUUCCAUUCAGCCUAACCCAUCAGUGGAUCAGAUGCAUUCUGCUAGCAGACACUCUGUAAUGUUGGAUGAAGACUCUGAUGAGGAUGAGGAUUAUCAAAUUCCAGAGCCUGAACAGGAGGCAUACCCAGUCAAACUUGAAAACGACAUAGGACUGGCAGAUGAGGAGCCUUCUGGUCAAAUUGAUUUGGCUGGCUUUUCUGGCAUUUUACGCCGGGAUGACCGGGAUAAAAGUCGUGAUUGUUGGAGAAUAUCUGAUGGGAAUAACUUCAGAGUUCGCAGUAAACAUUUUACAUAUGACAAAACCAAGAUUCCUGCCGGAAAGCAUCUAAUGGAGCUUGUAGCAGUUGAUUGGUUUAAGGAUGUGAAACGAAUGGACCAUGUUGCAAGGCGAAAAGGCUGUGCAGUCCAGGUUGCAUCAGAGAAAGGACUAUUCUCAUUGGCAAUAAAUUUGCAAGUUCCAGGCUCAACUCAUUACAGUAUGGUCUUUUAUUUUGUAACGAAACAGCUGGUCCCUGGAUCACUAUUGCAGCGUUUUGUUGAUGGAGAUGAUGAGUUCCGUAAUAGUAGACUCAAGCUUAUUCCUUCUGUUCCUAAGGGCUCCUGGAUUGUACGCCAGAGUGUUGGAAGCACCCCUUGUUUAUUAGGCAAAGCAGUUGAUUGCACCUACAUUCGUGGACCCAAAUACCUGGAAAUAGAUGUCGAUAUUGGUUCUUCUACGGUGGCUAAUGGAGUUUUAGGGCUUGUGUGUGGUGUGAUUACAACAUUGGUAGUUGAUAUGGCAUUUCUGGUACAGGCAAACACUUUUGAUGAACUUCCAGAACGGCUUAUCGGUGCUGUUCGGGUGUCGCACGUCGAGUUGUCAUCUGCGGUAGUGCCGAUGCUUGAGUCUGGCCCUUCAGCAGAAUGAAACCAUUGACAAAUAUUCAACUUCUGUUAUCUUUCAUACUUUUUCCUCUUCCAUCAUCGUCGUCAGCAGGGAAUGUGCUCCAUAUGAUUUUGACACAUUGCAGAGUGCAGCACGACCCCUAGAUGAUUGAUUCCCAUACUGCCGCAUUCCCGUGAUGCCAGUCCUUCCCCACUUUGUGCAAUUAGAGAGAGAAUAAUUUUGUUUUCGGUGGGGGAGGUGAUGAGGAAUGCACGUUGUAUCAACUAUGGCUUUGUUGUAUUUGCUAAUAUGCUUGACACUCGGUAAUCUCUAGGUCCAAAAUUCCGGUGUUGCACAUGUAUUCAGGGAAAAUUACCAUGUUUUUUUGCAGAAAAUAACAUUUUCUUUCACAUUUUGUGACGGAUAUGACUUGACAACUCAAUGGAGCAUGUAUUCACAAUUCUUUCUUUCCAAAACAUUGAUAAGCAAAAGCAGCAUUGCCACUGCCAA